GCACAAUGGACACAAUAUAAUUUGUAUGAUCUUGAGGCAUGGUUACUCAGAGCGUAAACAUAGAGAAUAAAUGUGAUUGGCCCAAGAGUUAAAGGAAUAGUUUAACCAAAUAUGAACAUUUUAUCAGAAUUAACUCCAAACCAGUAUGACUAUCUUUCUUAUGCAGGACCCAACUGAUAAUUUUGAAUGAAUGUCCUGGCCCAUGUUUUGAUAGAGCUGAUUGAGACUCGCUUUAAAGCUUUAAAAAGGACCAUAAAAGUAGUAAUUCCAAGUCUUCUAAAGGCACACGACAUGGUGGGCUUUAGUAAAAUCCAGAAUGUUUUCUUGUAGGGAUGCCAAAAGUGCCAGUACUUCAGUGUCAAGUCCAUACUAAAAUAUAAAUAUAUUUUAAUAUUAGGUAAUACUGUAUAUAAGUAAUGAUACUUGUCUUUCUACAGUAUCAGUAAUACCAAAUAUUGACUGAUGCUAUUUGUGUGCAUACCAGAAGUGCUUCUGAGUGCUUGUGAUUAUGGCUGUGUGUGAGAAUAGUCAAAAUGAUCUUGGUGAGGUAUUGGAAACUGUAUUGACUUGGUCCAUACAAGUAAGUCCCAAAUAUUUAGAUGCAGAAUGUUCUCACUGCGAGAACAUGACCAUGGCAACGUUGCGGUCGCGGAAGCCACCCCAGCGGCUCCCCGCCUCGGUCCUUCUACCUACGCUAGCACUGGGGGCGAUUUGGGGAUCCCAAUGGGACCGCCUCCGCCGGGUAUCCCCCCGCGGACCUCCCAUUCCCCAGCAUGCUCGUCUGCCCCGAUUGGGCUUCCGGCUGAGUCCGCCGGCUCGUCUCACGGCGAGUUCGACCUCUUGUUCAGCCUCUGCCCUGCACGCCAUGGCUCUCCUGCAGGUCCACCAAGCCAAGGCGCUGAAAGAACUGCACGAGGGUAGUUCCGCCCCAGAUCUGAUGCAGGAACUGCACUCGGCGACUGACCUUGCUCUCCGAGCAACGAAGGUCAUGGCGCGGUCUCUCGGGCAGACGAUGUCCUCAUUAGUGGUCCAGGAGCACCACCUUUGGCUCAACCUGGUCGAGAUGGGUGAGGCCGACAAGACACGGUUCCUUGCUGCCCCCAUCUCCCAGGCUGGCCUAUUCGGCGACAACGUCGAGGACUUUGCUCAGCAGUUCUUGAUGGUGAAGCAGCAGACGGAGGUUAUCCGGCAUAUCCUGCCCCUGCGCGGUUCAAGAUCCCGCACCCCGUCUGCUCGUCACCAAGGGCGUCCCCCUGCGGUGACUGCACCGGCUCCACCGCAACCCGCCCCUUCGGCCCGGCCCCGGCAUGGAGCCCACCGCAGGAAGCAGACGCCACCUGUCUCACGGCUGGCUGCCAAGAACCCACGAAGGUCGUCAAAGCGCCCCUGAGACGGGCAACCCAGGGUCGAUGAAACCCACUGCAUUGGAGCUGGUAGUAAGACCACUCCAUUCCCCGGUGGAGGGCCGGGUGGAGAAUCUUUUGUUGUCAUUUCAUUUGAUUUCGCCGCAUGCCCAAGUGGCUGCGGUACCCAACAGUUCAGCAAAAGAGUGAUUUCCUCCUUCCCUGGGUCAGAAACCCAGUGUGCACGGUCGUCAGCAGGACCACCGGCCACCUUUUUUCCCUUGCAGGAUUGGCGCUCCAGCGGUGGUCAGUGGUGGACAGUAACGAAGUAAAUGUAAUUCGUUACUGUACUUAAGUAACUUUUUCGUGUAUCUGUACUUUACUGAAGUAUUUCCAUUUGGGGAGACUUUUUACUUUAACUUCACUACAUUUCAAAGUCAAAUAUCUUACUUUUACUCAACUACAUUUUGCGAAAUCAGUCGUUCCUUUUAUUUAUUAGUGGAUAAAAAAGUUAACUUAACUGGUCGGGCACACGGCAAGCCACCAAUCAGGGUACAGCGCGCGCUCUGUUUUGAACUUGUUUUGGUUGCUGCUUGGUGGUAUCUACGCACGAAUACAGUUCAGCAUUAACAUUUUGAGACUGACAGUGCCAGUGCCUUCAUAAAUGAUGGAAGAAACUCCUGACUCUAACUUGCCACAACACCCGUGGCCUUAUUUGCGCGAUAUUUUUGAAGUCGUUGAAAAGAAGAAAGAGUCCUUCAUUUUCAAUUGCCUGCUCUGCCUGCCUCGGCCCUGUAAAAUUUCUUUUUACAAGAAUUCUCCUUCAAAUCUAAGGAAACACAUCGAGGUAAGCCAUUUUCAUUCUGGUGGUCAUUUUUAAUUGAGUAAUCUAACUGUAGCUUACAGAAAACGGUUUCAUUGUGUAUGUUAAGUUAGUUGAUUAAUUGCUGUUGUCUGAAUGUGUGAUAGGUUGAGUCCAGUUGAAAUUGCCUUUCUGGAAGAGUAUGCCAAAACCACGAGCCCCCUAGCCAAAGCCCUCAACAUUCUUCAGGCUGAAAUCGAUGUUUAGAUGGGAUGGCUUCUGCCUACUUUGACACUCCUCAUCUUGAAACUGGACCGAAUUCACAUUACCUCCAGGUACUGCAAACCUCUGGUGGAUGCCAUCCAAGGAGGCCUGCAGCAGCGCUUUGGAAACAUGCUGGUAGAACCAGAGUUUAUAGCAGCUGCUAUCCUUGUCCCGAAAUUUAAAACAUCCUGGACAUCGGAUGAACACAUUGUCAAAACCUGGACUACAUCAAGGACCAUAUGUAGGAAGAGACUUUGAAUCAAACACCAGCUGAUGGUUCCAGUGCCUCUGAGGAAGAGGACUUCUUUGCAAGCAUGAAGCCUACUCAUGGCCAGGAAGGUAUCAAGCAGUUAGAUGGCUACCUUGCCUGCAAAGCUGAUGACAAAGAAAUUCUCAAGUCCUUCCCAGCAGUCUGUAAGUUGUCUUUGAAGGUCAACACUGCUUUACCCGCUUCUGCAGCUUGUGAACGUCUUUUCGGCACAGCAGGGCUUAUUUUCAGUCCCAGGAGGGCAAGAAUGGACUCAAAAACUUUGAGAAUCAGCUCCUUCUCAAGCUGAAUAAAAAAUAUUGCCACUUUAGUUAGAUCAUCAGUGCCCUACUCUACUAGCACACUCACCAGAAGCAGAAUUAAUGGCAUGCUGAUUAAUGAUGUUUACUGCCACAAAUUGUUCAUUGCCAUUUGAGGCUUGUUAUUUUAGUACAUGUCAUUUGUGAUGACAGUUUAUGUAAUUUGUUUUGAGAU